AUUAAAGGCCCCACUGAAACUGUUCUGAAUCUGGCUAUUUAAUGUAUCUUCGUGUGUUGCUUUUAACGAGUGCUGUGAGCCUUUUGAGAUCUCAUAGCACUACUGCAGCUGCGACCAUGGCCCUCAAGGCGUCGGAUUUCGAAGUUUUUGGCCGGGUUCAAGGAGUGUUUUUCCGAAAGUACACAAAAGAGCAAGCAGACAAACUGGGGCUCCGAGGCUGGUGCAAGAAUACUUCCCAAGGAACGGUGCUCGGGCACAUGCAGGGACCUCCAGAUAAAGUUGAAUCUAUGAUGCACUGGCUGAAAACUGUCGGCAGCCCAAGCAGCCAAAUAGAUAAAGCGGAGUUCAGGAACCCACAGGACAUUGACCAAUACACGUUCGACAACUUCACCAUCAAAAAGGACUGAA